AUGGCCUCCAUGGUGAAGUGGGUUUACAUCGUCUUCUUCCUGAGCGGCUUCCAAAUCUGCCUUGGGGUGUACACGAUCCACCUGACCAUCGAGGGCAACAUGGGCUACCCCAACUGGCUGACGCAGCACAUCACCUACACUGUGGCACGCACCUGGCACACGCAGUCUGCAGUCUUCGCGAUUGCCACCAGCUUCCUCGCAGCAGGCUUGUUCCUUGCGCCGGCAAUUGGUGGCCGAAAAGAGGAUCCUCCGCUGCAGAAGCCGCUCUGCAAUUUCCUCUUCUUGUGCUUGCUCGUGAUCGUUGGGGGCUCCAUGGCAGGGCAGGUGGCAGCCAUCACACAGAGUUUCGAAAGCCUCCUUAUGAGCCAAUGGUUCGGCCAUCAGGGCUACGAGUACGUGGAGCUGGGCCGUUUUUACCAAUACUUCCUUCUGGUGGGCUUGCUUUUGUGGUUGCUGCUUAUGGUGAAUGCCAUCCAUCCGGCCCUGCGUGUUUCCAGCUUCUCCUCCCAAGAUGCCCGAGGCAAGUGGCACCUCGUUGUCACCAUCACAUGCGCAGCCGUGCUCAUCUCCUUCUUUUGGGCCUCGGGCUUGAUGUACAAUGCCCGCUCCAACCUAGCAGUCAUGGACUACUGGCGGUUUUGGAUCGUCCACAUGUGGGUGGAGGGCAUCUUCGAGGUCUUCAUCACCGUGGUUGUCGCCCAGGUCUUUGUGAUGCUCGGUGUCCUUGACCCAUCGGCGGCCGCCGGUGUCACGCUCUUCACCAGUGGCACCUUCCUUUUCGGAGGCAUCCCCGGCAUGUACCACCACAACUACUUUGCGGGUACCCCGUCCAUGAUCAUGGCCGUUGGUGCUUGCUUCUCCUGCCUGGAGGUCUGCCCUUUGGCGCUCAUGGGCAUGGAGGCCAGUGAGUACAUCGCCCUGGAGAAGGCGGCGAAGAGGCCCGAAAGCUCCUGGCUCAUGAAGUAUAAGCCCAUCAUCGACUGCUUCAUCUAUGUGGCUUUCUGGAACUUGGUGGGUGCGGGCUUCCUGGGCUUCAUCAUCAACCCUCCGAUCUCACAGUACUACAUGAUCGGCGGAUACCUCACUCUUUCCCACAGCCACGGUGCGCUCUGGGGCGUCUAUGGCGUCCUGGCAAUAGCCCUUAGCUUGCUUGUGCUUCGCCUGUCGGACAUCAAAGCCCAGUGGGACACCAGGUGGCUGGAUCGGGGACUGAAGUUCAUGAACGUGGGCAUGAUGCUUCAGAUCUUCUUGUCCAUCUUCCCUGUUGGCAUCUAUCAGUUCUGGCUCUCCGUGAACAACGAUUACUGGUAUGCCCGCAGCGAGAAUUUUCAUGGAGAUUCGACCGUUCAGUGGAUGAAGCUGGCGCGAAGUUUGGGUGACGCGAUCUUCGCUUUCGCGAUGCUCAUGGUGCUGUGGUUCGUGUGGAAGGACUUCCUGCGCCGUGCCUUCGGAGUACGCAGUGCGUCUGCUGGGGAGCCACUCCUCAAGUGA